AUGAUCGGUGCCGCUAGGCGCUGGUUCCAGCGCAAUCGCAAAGGUCUCGCGAUCGGGGCUGGCGUGCUAGGAGCUGGCUACCUGGCAGGCCAGUAUGUGCUAUCCAAGAUCUCCGAGGCACGCGAGCGCAUGAGCAGUGACCGCAUUGCCCGCGAAAAUCUCCGCCGGCGCUUCGAACAAAAUCAGACCGAUUGCACUUAUACCGUUCAAGCUUUGCUCCCGACAGCCACAGAGAACAUCAUUGAAGCGCUCCCCGUGGAGGAGCUAACGAAGGAGUUGCAGAAGAAGCGGGCGGAGAGGCUGGCGCGUCUCAAUCCCGGGGAAGGUUCAGGAUCUGACAUGACAUCGGUGGCAGCAAGUGUCAAUAACGAUGAUCGGAAUAGUCUUUCGAGCUUCCAGAGCGAGGGCUAUAUGCAUGCGAGCCAGGUGGAGUCUGGAGAUGCGGAGGGCCAGCCCCGAGUGAAACGGAACAAGACGCAGCUGUGGAACGAGGUUAAGAUCACAUCUAUCACAAGAUCCUUUACCUUGAUCUAUACUCUCUCGUUGCUCACCAUCUUCACCCGCGUCCAACUCAACCUGCUAGGCCGACGGAACUACCUCUCCAGCGUCAUCUCUCUGGCUACCCCUCCCACCGAUUCGACUAUCAGCUUAGAAGACCACGAUGAUGAUAUGACACAGACAUUGGGCGAUGACUUUGAAACAAAUCGGCGAUACCUGGCUUUCAGCUGGUGGCUACUCCACCGUGGAUGGCAAGAGCUUGUGGCGCGGGUCCAGCCCGCCGUGGAGGAAGUUUUCGGCCCUUUGAACCCGCGUGAAGAUAUUAGCCUGUCCAAGCUUUCGGAGUUGACUCUCCAGAUUCGGAGGAAGGUCGAAGGAAAUACAGAAGAGGAGCGGCGAUCGAAGAAAUGGUUAUCCUGCUUACUGCCGCCUGCAGAGGAAGAAGAAUACGUCCUUCGUGAAUCAGGUGUCGAAGGCGUAGCAGACCCAUCCUCUACACAAACUGCGUCGAAGCUGCGCCACCUUCUCGAUGAAACCGCCGAUCUCAUCGAUUCACCUUCUUUCUCUUUUGUUUUGACCCUGCUCAACAAUGAAGGGUUCUCGACCUUGAUUGACGCAAAGUGCGCCAACGAGGCUUUCAAGGCAUCGCCUGUUCCCGAAACGACCCCUCAGUCAUUCGACUCAAUGGCCACCGUCGUUCCUCCCAGUACCACCGAGCGCAAAACAAAACUUGCCAACCUCCUAGCAGUGAUGGCUCGCCAGGCACACGUUAUCGGAGUUGGAGCCCACACAAACAACGAGUACUUAGCUGCCAUGGAUCAAAAUGUGCGAGAGCUAGAGGCAUUUUCUGCUGUAAUCUACAGCUCGAACUUUGACCUCGAGCUUCCUGGGGCCAACAAGGCCGCAGCCGAAGGCGAAGGAGAGCAAGCAUUCGGCUCCUCCUCAUACGCCACAGUCAUGGUCGAGAAAGAACCGGAAAACAGCGAUCAUCUGACCCAAAGCGCCCCAAUUCUUGUCGGUGACGACGUUGAUGAAGAAAUUGUGAGCACUGGUGCACAGAGGGGACCGGAGACCGGGAUUCUGGGAGAAUCGGCUUUUGAGCAGGCCUGGGGCAAGGCCGUAGAAGAUGGGAAUACAUCUCCCCAGUCUGAGGGCCAGACGACUCUGUGA